ACUAAUUGUAGGAAAAUUCAGAGCCCAACGAGUUGAGGUUCCAUUUUUCUUACUUCUCAUCAUCAAUGGCAGAAGCAGCAGCGAGGUAUGCCGUUGUUACAGGGUCCAAUAAGGGAAUUGGAUUGGAAACAGUUAGGCAAUUAGCUUCGAAAGGUGUUAAGGUGGUGCUAACAGCAAGAGAUGAGAAGAAGGGUCUUGAAGCAGUUCAAAAACUAAAAGAUUCUGGUCUCUCUGACCUUGUCAUUUUUCAUCAACUUGAUGUGGCUAACCCUGGCUCUAUUGCUUCUCUGGCAGAUUUCAUCAAAACCCAGUUUGGGAGACUUGAUAUCUUGGUGCAGGAAAGGCCAUCAACAGAGCCUAAAAAAUCUACUCAAACAUAUGAGUCAGUAAAAGAAUGUGUGGAAACAAACUACUAUGGUGCUAAGAGGACAACAGAGGCUCUUAUUCCCCUCCUUCAAUUAUCUGACUCGCCAAGAAUUGUUAAUGUGUCUUCUCCGCCUCGAAAUUUGUGGUGGUAUGACAUACCUAACGAAUUGGCGAGAGGAGUGUUUACUGAUCCAAAGAACCUUACAGAAGAGAAUGUGGAAGAGGUGUUGAGUGAGUAUCUAAAAGACUUCAAAGAGGGUUCCUUGGAAACUAAAGGAUGGGGUCAUUCAUCUGCUUAUGUACUCUCCAAAGCAGCUCUGAAUGCCUACACUAAAAUUCUAGCCAAGAGGUAUCCGAGUUUCUGCAUCAAUUGUGUCUGUCCUGGCUUCGUUAAAACCGACAUAAACUGGAACACCGGCAAGAUACCUGUUGAGGAAGGUGCUGCAAAUCCUGUGAGGUUAGCGCUGCUGCCCAAAGGCGGUCCUUCUGGCCUUUUCUUUUUUCAGCAAGAAGUGUCACCAUUCUUAUCCUAGAUAGUCCAUUUAUA